AUGAAAAAAAACGCACUGGUAAAAAACGUCCUCUAUAGUGCGAGGUUGCGCCAAAAUGGUGCACACGCAACAAAUGCAGCCAUAAGCGCAGGUGCGCUCAGUGGGGUAGACCUCUGGACCAGCAAAACUCUGCAGACAAGAAGAAUGAUGGGAAAUGCCCCAAACAGCAGCUUCAAUCUGUUCGACAAAAUAAAGGACAUAAGCAGAAGCAACGAAAGCGAGGAAGGCACUGAAGAAAGCGACUCAAAGAAAAGGAAGCCAUCCAAAAAAGUGUUAAAGCUUGUCGAUGAAAUUUUAAACCUAACUCUAAUCGAAGCAGCAGAUUUGUGUGACCUGUGCCAGGAGAAGUUAGACGGAGAGAAGCAAUUCAAUAAUUCCGUUUUUUUGAAUAGGAACCCGUUUCCACAUCCCGCUGGCUUCUUCGCCGCAGGGGGGUUCUCUGUCCCAAAUUUAUCCCCAGGAAUGAACUCUCCUUUCCCCAAUCCUGUCACUGCUGUUCCACCGGGUGGCACGCCCAAUCUAGGAACAGCGGAAAAAAAUGAACAGGCAGGCACAAAAAAGGAAGAAAAAAAAAACUCCAAAAGUACAUUCAACGUAAAGUUGGAAAACUUCGACGCAAAAAAUAAAAUUAACACGAUUAAAGAAAUUCGCAAAAUAACCAACGUCGGUUUGAAGGAGGCAAAGGACAUGGUGGAGAGCGCCCCGUUCUACGUGCAAAAGAACGUGCCCGCGGAAAAGGCAGAAGAAAUGAAAAAGAAGUUCGAGGAACUGGGCGCCACAAUUAUAUUGGAAUAA